AUGAGCUACUAUCCUCCAGCUGCUGGGGGGUACGGACGGCCACCACCACCACCACCACCACCACCACAGCAGUAUCCCCCUCCUCAUGCUGUCUAUCCGCCCGUCAAUUCAGCUCCCCCGGCGCCGUACUAUCCUCCUGGCCCACCGCGGCCAGAUGUUCGACCAGCUCCCCCUCCGCCUAUGCCCGCCUAUCCACGGUAUGAUGCGCCAUAUGCCGAGUCAUCGCACGCUGGAGACUUUGGCGACAGAGGGGGUGGAGGCAGAGGUAGGGGAGGCAGAAGAGGUGAUCGUGGAGGUAGACAAAGUCCCGAUGGUCGACGACCCCUCGGUGCCCGCGAUCACGACUUGGAAGCUCGACUGGCAAAGGAACGUAAAUGCAGGACGCUGUUUGUGAGAAACGUCUCGUAUGACGCGGAUCUCGCUCGACUCAGGACAUCGUUUGCAGAGCACGGCGAGAUCAAAGAAUUUUUCGACCUCGUUUCGAAGCGGGGGAUGGUGUUUGUCACCUACUUUGAUCUCCGGGCAGCGGAAAAGGCUCGCGAUGCAACUCAUGGGAUACAUAUCAAGGGUCGUCCUAUCGACGUGCAUUACUCGUUGCCUCGGCCGGAAGAUCAGAAUGCGAGGUGUGACAGGGACAAGAAUCAAGGAUCUAUCCUCGUGACGCUUCACGGGCAGCGAAAUCUCGAUGAGUAUGAGUUGCGGCGGGCGGGGGAGAGAUUUGGGGAGAUGCGCAUGGUUCGGCCGUGCAGGGAUGCAAAUCAAAAAGUGGUCGAGUUCUUUGACAGUCGUGGUGCGGCUCUCUUUGUCGAUCGCAUGGGCGAUCAACCGUUCAUGGGCGGGACGUUGGAACUGCGAUUCGUCUGGGACGAGCUGGAUAGUCAUCUGCCCCCACCUCCAGCGACAGAACGACCUCCGCCACGGACGGAUGCAAAGCCUUUUCGAAGUGGUCAAGGGCCUGGAUACGGAGAAGUCAGAGGAAGAAGGCCGGAUCGACGAUCGCCCGAGAGACAAGCUCUGCCGAGGUAUGGCGAGGCGGCGGUGGCAGCGGCGGCGCCGCCUGGUGAUGAUAGGUUGGAGCAGGCAAGGAGGGUUCAGGAGUUGUUGGCCUCGCUGGGGAGUGCGGCACCGGCACCGGCACCGGCACCGGCACCGGCACCUGCACCACCCCCUCCUCGUCCCUAUGCGGCGGACCCACGACAGGCAUACAGGCCUCCGCCACAGUCAUAUGCACCCUACACCCAGCCUUAUCGACCUCCUCCUCCUCCCCCGGCGCCAUAUGCCAGACCACCUGGACCCCCGGGCGAUGUGAAUUCGCUUCUGGCCAUGCUUGGGAGGCCGGGCAAUUAGGUAGAGAUGAUGUGGGAACAAGGACGUAGAAGCGAGCAGCCCCUGCCAAGAUUGCAAGCAUCCUCAUACAACCAACUCCUGGACCCACGUAGGUGGAGGCAGCAGGCUUUAACACCGCUCAGGCUCACCGCCCGGGUUUCACCACCGCCACCCCGACAUGUAUAAUUGGGGCGGGAAGGGUUUUUUUAAACCCAGA